AUGGAUUCUUUUCAAGUAGAUUCUUUUCAGCAAAUAGAUGAACUCAUUAAGGAAUAUUUGUUAUUCAGAGGAUUUACAGCUACUUUUCGAUCUUUUGAAUCAGAAUGCCGGAGUGAUAAAGACAAAAGAUUUCAGGCUGAAAAAAUUAUCGAAGAAUUAUAUACAUUUAUUACUAAUAGUGAUAUAAAUGGAUUAAUUGAUUACUGGAAAUAUCUUGAUCUAAGAUAUUUCUCGAGAUUGGAUGCAAGAUUUUUUGGAAGUGUUAAUAAAUUUGAAGAGAAUCUCUUAAAAUAUUAUCUUGUAUAUGCAACACAACAGAAACGAAAAGAAAAAGUUUUAGAAUUUUUUGACACAUUUGGAACAGAGUUAAAUGGAAACUCGGGAUGGACUAAAUGGUUUGGAUUACCAUUUUCGAAAGAUCCGACAACUGAUCCAAAUUAUGAAAUAUUUUUUACUAAACAGUGGUUAGAGAUGUUUACUAUAUCUUUACAUAACUUUCUUAAUGCGAUAUUUCAAAAUAUGCAUGAUUUAUUUUGCGAAUUAGCUUUACCAAGUUUAUUAUGUUUCAAUUUGGAUCGUCUUCAACGAUUCGUAUUAGAAGAUGCAAUUCAAUCUCUUCAAAAUGAAAUAGACAAUAUUAAAAAUGUUAAAGCAGAAACAAAGAGUAUUGAUACUGAGACUAGGCAAAAGAUCAACAAACCGCAAGAGUCAACAAACUAUAUGAAAAUGUUACAACGUGCUAGGGCUUUAUUCGAGCAAAAAGAUAAAAAUGUUCCUUCACGUUCACAAUCCACUACUUCAAAUAAAGGAUUGGCUGUUAAUUCAGAUAAUUACGGAUCAAAGUCUCCUGAAAUAUACGCAGAUGAUUUGUGCCUUACUCCUAUAUCUGAAUAUGCUAUAGAUAAUUCUCUAGAAUUACCUGGUGAAGAUAUUAAUCCGUUUACCAUUAUGAACCAGGAAAUAUACUUAGAGCACGCAUCAGGAAUAUCGCUUGCUAAAUUCUCACACAAGGGUAAUUUAAUCGCGAGCUGUGAUAUAGAUAAUAUUGUUAGGAUCGAUAAUCUUAAUUUAAACGUAACGUGUCUUGAAUGGGAAUCUAGAUCAGAUAAGCUUUUUUUAAUAGGCACAGAUGAAAGAUUUAUCAAAAUAUUUAAUAAAGAGUCACAAUCCAUUGUUCAUGAGUUUCAAACGGAUGAACAUUUUCCAAGAGUGAAACAGAUAAAUUGUUCACCUGUAGAACCAUUAUUUGCAUGCUCAAGCUCAUCUAAAGAAGUUGAUGAUGGAUUGGUUAAUGUUAAUGGAGCAUUAAUAACGUGGAACUUAAAGACCAUGAUGAUACAAGACAAGUUUAUACUUGAACCAUCCAUAUCAAAAGCUUCAGGAUUACCUGUAGCUCCUAUAGAGACUCUGCAAUUCAAUCACAAUGGUCAGAUGCUUGUUACGGGUGAUAGGGCUGGAUGCAUACGUAUAUUUGACAUUCGAUCUUUCAAACCUAUAAUGGAAUGGAGUUUACCGAAAGUAACAAAUGUAUCUCCAAGCAAGAAAGGGAAUAGUGUUAUUUGUUCUUCACUAUUUAGUUUUGAUGAAAAUACUGUAUAUGUUGUUGAUGAUGCUGGCGAUUUAACGCAAUGGUCCAUUCACAAGCCAGGCACAAUAAUCUCUCAUUCCCAUCUUAACGGUUUCCCACCACAUUCCUCACUAUCACCGAACAAUUCGACAUUAACAAAAUCGUCGUUUCGUAAAAGGACAUCUUCAACGUCUUCAGUUAGAUCUACUAAAUCUAACAAAUCUGUUAGUGGAAUUUACAAUUUAGCAACUAAUGGAUUUGGAGGUGGAUCAACAAAUGGUGGAACUAAUGGUAUUACAAAUAACGGAAAUGUUAAUAAAGUACCUAUGGUUUCGUUUAGUAAUGAUACCAAACAUGUUUUGUGUGUUGGUGGAAAUGGUGGAUAUCAGGGUGCUAUUUAUCAAACGUCAACAGGAAAUCAGGUUCAAUUACUGGCACCACAUAAUUCGCCCCUAACGGUUGUAGAUUGGACAAUGGUAGCUGGAAAUUCGGUAUUAACCGGUGCAACGGAUGGAUCCAUAAGAGUUACCAAGAUGGUUACCGAUACUUCUAAAUAUACAUCAAAUUUUUAA